UUCAGUCUGGGUCAUUACAGCAUCAGCUCACCAAUGCAAAGUAAGCAUGACUACUAUCUUCCUGGUGUCCAUGAUUUUUGGCCUUGCAUGUGGGCAAGCAGUGUCUUUUUGCAUUCCAACUGAGUAUAUGAUGCAUGUUGAAAAGAAAGAGUGUGCUUACUGCCUAACCAUCAACACCACCAUCUGUGCUGGAUAUUGUAUGACACGGGACUUCAAUGGCAAGCUGUUUCUUCCCAAAUAUGCUCUGUCCCAGGAUGUUUGUACAUAUAGAGACUUCAUGUACAAGACUGUAGAAAUACCAGGAUGCCCACACCAUGUUACUCCUUAUUUCUCCUACCCUGUAGCUAUAAGCUGUAAGUGUGGCAAAUGUAAUACUGACUAUAGUGAUUGUAUACAUGAGGCCGUCAAAACAAACUACUGUACCAAACCUCAGAAGUCAUAUGUGGUGGGAUUUUCUAUCUAACUUCAAUAGCAAUGUAAUUUGCAAUUUGGUUAAAUGUGUUUACCUGGAAAAAAUUAAUAAAAUAUAGAUAUAUUUC